CGGCGUGCGACAGAGCUAAAAAAAAAAAUUAGAUUAUUUACAAAGGGAAAAAAGGGAAGCCAGAUCCCUAAAAAUCGAACCGCCCUUCCCGACCAUGGUCUUUCACGUAGCUUGUCCAAUCACUUGCCGGAAAAUUUGUGACUGCUUGUUGGGGUUUCCUCGGACACUUCAUGGCAAAGAAGAUGUGUUCCUCAACGACAUACACUCUCUCCACAGCUUCCUGCGAGACCCUUUCGAUGCUGGCGUUUCCAAAGAAGGUACCGUUCAGAUCCAAGUGCCUAAGCUCGCUCUAUUCGAUGCUGUUGCGGUUGGGGAUGAUUCGGAGGUGAAGGUUGCUCCUCCAUCGACACUAAGCAAACGGACUGUGCUGCUGCUGAAGAAGAAGAAGAAGGUAGAUGAGGAUUCUGCUGCGAAUCCUGACUCUGACGACGUGGUGGUUCCUGUCACGGAGAUCAAUGGAGAAGAUCAUCAUGACCAUCACAGCGCACGUAUUACAUGUCACAUGUGCUAUAUUGUUGAAGUUGGGAAGAGUGAGAGAGCAAAGAUGCUUUCUUGCAAAUGCUGCGGCAAGAAGUAUCAUAGAACCUGCUUGAUGUCUUGGUCUCAACAUAGAGAUUUAUUUGAUUGGAGCUCUUGGGCUUGUCCCUAUUGCCGAACCUGUGAGGGCUGUGGAACUUCAGGGGAUCCAAAGAAGUUGAUGUUCUGCAAAAGAUGUGAUGAUGCCUAUCAUUGUGAUUGCCAACAACCUCGACACAAGACGGUUACUUCUGGACCCUAUUUGUGUCCUAAACACACCAAGUGUUACAGCUGUGGGUCUAAAGUCCCUGGGAAUGGACAGAGCUUACGGUGGUUUUUGGGCCAUACUUGCUGUGAUGCUUGUGGAAGGCUGUUUAGUAAGGGAAACUAUUGUCCUGUAUGUUUGAAGGUUUACAGGGACUCGGAAGCAACACCAAUGGUCUGUUGUGACUAUUGCCAACGCUGGGUUCAUUGCACGUGUGAUGGAAUCAGCGAUGAAAGAUAUAUGCAGUUUCAAGUGGAUGGGCAUCUUCAAUAUAAAUGUUCUACUUGUCGCGGAGAAAGCUACCAGAUCAAGGAUCUUGAGGAUGCUGCAAAGGAAAUUUGGAGGCGAAAAGAUAUUGAGGAUAAAGAGCUAAUCGCUAGCCUGAGAGCUAGUGCACGAGUUGUUGAGCAAACUGGUGGUGCCCCAUUGAGAGUUCUCAGGAUAAAAAGUAACAAGUCUCAAGAUUCAGAGAGUGAGAAAUUUGGAAAAAACUCUCCAGAGCCGCCGAACCCUGUGAAGGGCAAAAAACUGGUGAUAAGUAUAGGCCCUCGAAAGGCAGAAGCCUCCAAAUCCAAAGGAAAGCAUGGGGAAGUUCAAUCAGAGCAACGAAGCUUGUUAGGAAAGUGUAACGAAGAAAAGAGAGGGUUGGACACAUGUAAGGGUAGAGGAGGAGAUUCAAAUGGUGGCCAACAACAAGAGGAGUUGCAAAAAGAUUCAAGACCAUUGCUGAAACUGAAAAUAAAACAGCAUCAUCUUCAUCAUCCGGAGAGGCAACAAGAAGAGCGAGAAGCCCCUAGAAUUGUAUACGAGAGAAGUAAGUCUGGGAAAGGGCAUAGGUCUAAGAGAAAGAGAGCAUCAUCAUCAUCGUCACCACCACCUCCAACAGCUGAGAAAUCAGGGUUCAAUGAAGAUGAAGAUGCGUCGCUGUCACGUGACGAGAGUUUGUUGGACGAGAUGCUUGAUGCUAGUUGGAUUCUGAAGAAGUUGGGGAAGGAUGCAAAAGGGAAAAAAGUUCAAAUACACGAUGCCUCGGAUGAUUCAUGGGAGAAAGGAGUGGUAAGUGAAGUAGGAGGGGCAUCGAAGUUGAUGGUGACGCUUGAGAAUGGAGAAGUAAAGAGAGUGGAGCUAGGAAAGCAAGGGGUUAGAUUCAUUCCUCAGAAGCAAAAGAGGAUGAGGACGUGAGGGGGAGGGGAGGCUUUAUCCACAUUUUGGAACAACAUUUAGCUCCUUCAGAUUAUGUCUGUAGGAGGAAAAAAAACAUUUUAAAACGAGAUUAGCUCCUUUGACUUGUACUUAUCAAGCUAAAACGUGACGACUAGCUUCUUAUUUGCAUGUGUGACAUAAUACACAGUGAAAGAAAUGGUACAUGGUGAGUGAUAUCAGUUUUUUUCAAA